UCAGCAUGCUCUCAAGAGCUCUCAAGCCAUCUAGAAUAAAAAAUUAAUAAAUUAUGUCUUGGGAGGCACUCUUUCUUUUAUGGAGCUCCAACAAGCUCCUAGUUAGGAGCGCCAACAAUAUCAAAAAAAACCCUCUUCUAUUUUAAUAUUUUACUCAUUACUUUUAAUUAUAUUUAAACCUCUUGUAUUUUAUUUCUAACCGUUGGAUACGGCCUUCGAGGGAGCGCACACGAAAUUCGAGGUAACCCACGGUCUUCGAGGGAGCGCACACGCUCUUCGAGGUAUCCCGCGGUCUUCGAGGGAACGCACACGGUCUUCGAGAUAACCCGCGGUCUUCGAGGGAACGCACACGGUCUUCGAGGUAACCCGCGGUCUUCGAGGGAACGCACACGGUCUUCGAGGUAACCCGCGGUCUUCGAUGUUGGGCACGAAGUUCGAGGUAUCGCAAACUUUGACCGUCAACCGACUGAUGCCUAUAAAAUUCGACGGCUUCUCUCCUCAACCCAUCAUCUCCCAGAAUAAAAUGUCUAGCUCAUCUAGCUCUAGCGAUGAUGAAAUGAUAAAGACGUUCUUUCUUAUGGGAGCUGAUGUCGUUGAGGAAGAAGAACAAGAGAAAUGUUCAGCUUCGGUUCAACACAAACGACGUAUCGUGCUCAAUCGAAACCGACUGGAAGGCCACAAUCGGUUAUUCCAAGAUUAUUUUGCUGACGCACCAACCUAUCCUCUUUAUUAUUUUCGUCAAAGGUUCAGAAUGAGGCGUUCGUUAUUCCUUCGAAUCCACGACGCAGUCGUCGAACAUGACAAGUACUUCGUCCAAAAGAGGAAUGGUGCUGGACAGUUAGGACUAUCUAGUCUUCAAAAGAUUACUGCAGCUAUGCGGAUGCUCGCAUAUGGAGCAUCCGCUGACUCCGUUGACGACUACGUUCGGAUCGGUAAAAGUACGUCGCUUGAGAGCGUGAAGAGGUUCGUUCGAUCGAUUAUCAACAUCUUUGGGGAGGAAUACCUUCGUUCACCGACUAAUGAAGACGUUGCACGCCUGCUCGAGGAAGGCUCACAACGAGGUUUUCCUGGUAUGCUUGGGAGCAUCGACUGCAUGCACUGGACAUGGAAGAACUGUCCAACUGCCUGGCAAGGUAUGUAUACUGGACAUUUUCAUGAACCCACAAUUAUUUUGGAGGCCGUAGCUAGCAAAGAUCUUUGGAUAUGGCAUGCCUUCUUUGGACUGCCGGGGUCUCACAAUGACCUUAAUGUUCUACAUCGUUCACCGGUUUUCGCACAACUUGCGGAGGGAAGAGCUUCACCGUGCAACUAUACUGUCAAUGGCCACGAGUAUAAUAUGGGAUACUAUCUCGCCGACGGGAUUUACCCAGAGUGGUCCACAUUAGUGAAGACUAUUCCAGCACCACGAGGAAAUAAGCAUAAAUACUUUGCUCAACAACAAGAGAGCGCAAGAAAAGAUGUUGAGCGAGCUUUUGGCGUGUUGCAAGCUCGAUUUGCGAUUGUUCGUGGACCAGGACGUUUCUGGCAACCUUGUGUGCUGAAAGAUAUCAUGACAGCUUGUAUCAUAAUGCAUAACAUGAUCGUUGAAGAUGAACGUGAUUGUCAAUUGGACAACAACUUCGACUUUACUGAUUCGGUACCAGUCGUUGAACCUUCUCAUGUGCAGACGGUGCCUCUAACUGAGUUCAUCCAAAAUCAUCAUCGGAUCAGGAACACGCAAACACACAAAUCACUAAAAAAUGAUUUGAUCGAGCAUCUGUGGCAGCUCAAGGGAUCCAUCGCCGAGGAUUAAGUUUCUUUAUGUCUAAUGUAAUUUCAGAAAAGGAGUUCAAGUUAUUGUACUACGCCAAUUUCAUUUUUAAUAAAGUAGUUAUUUUCAUUCAAUGCCAAAUUUUUCAACUUCAAGUACAAUCAUAAAUCUAAUAUAAGAUAAUAUUUGAUAAUUAGGAAGAACUAAUGAGGAUGCGAUGCGAGUACAAUAUAUGAUAAUUAGGAAGAACCCUUGGACAUCCACCUCUCCAAAAUCUCUGCCUGACGCAUUUCAAAGUAUUGACGUUGAACUGAAUUGAGUGUUGAGAGAUCGAUCUUCAUGAUAUCGUCAUCUUGUUUCUUCUGUUUUAGCUCC